AUGGAAAACCAAUCCAGUGUCUCUGAAUUUUUCCUCCGAGGAAUAUCUGCAUCACCAGAGCAACAACAAUUAUUCUUUGGUAUUUUCCUGUGUAUGUAUCUUGUCACCUUGACUGGGAAUGUGCUCAUCAUCCUGGCCAUCAGCUCUGACCCACACCUCCACACCCCCAUGUACUUCUUUCUGGCCAACCUGUCUUUCGUUGACAUGGGUCUGACGUCCUCCACAGUUACUAAGACGCUGGUGAAUGUUCAGACUCAGCGGCAUACCAUCUCCUACGCCGGCUGCCUCACACAGAUGUAUUUCUUCCUGAUGUUUGGGGACCUGGACAGCUUCUUCCUAGCCGUGAUGGCCUAUGACCGCUAUGUGGCCAUUUGCCGCCCUCUCCACUACUCCACAGUCAUGAGCCCUCAAGUGUGUGCCCUGCUGCUUACAUUGUGCUGGGUCCUCACCCAUGCUGUUGCUCUGACUCACACCCUCCUUGCGGCUCGGCUGUCCUUCUGUGUCGUUGGGGAAAUAGCUCACUUUUUCUGUGACAUAACUCCUGUCCUGAAGCUGUCGUGUUCUGACACCCACAUCAACGACCUGAUGGUUUUUGCCUUGGGAGGAACGGUACUCAUCGUCCCCUUUAUCUGCAUUGUCAUCUCCUACAUUCGCAUCGUAUCAGCCAUCCUGAGGGUCCAAACUCCUGGUGGGGCCGGCAAGGCCUUUUCCACCUGCAGUUCCCAUCUCUGUGUUGUCUGUGUGUUCUAUGGGACCCUCUUCACUGCCUACCUGUGCCCUCCCUCUGUUGCCUCUGAAGAGAAGGACAUUGCAGCAGCUGCAAUGUACACAGUGGUGAUCCCCAUGUUGAACCCCUUUAUCUACAGCCUAAGGAACAAGGACAUGAAGGGGGCCCUUAAGAGGCUUCUCAGUCGCCGGAGAGUUUUUUCCUUUUAG